GUUUCAACAGAUCUCACCAAAAUGCCGUCUCAAAUGGAGCACACCGUGGAAACCAUGAUGUUCACGUUUCACAAGUUUGCUGGGAAUAAAGGCUACUUAACAAAGGAAGAUCUGAGAGUACUCAUGGAAAAGGAGCUCCCUGGAUUUUUGGGAAAUCAAAAAGACCCUUUGGCCAUGGACAAAAUAAUGAAGGACCUGGAUCAGUGCCAAGACGGCAAAGUGGGCUUCCAGAGCAUCUUCUCGCUAAUUGCUGGGCUCACCAUCGCAUGCAAUGACUAUUUUGUAAUACACAUGAAGCAGAGGGGAAAGAAGUAG